GUUGUUGAUGCUCGAGACCGCGGAAUACAUGGUGUCAUUGCCUUUAGUCUAAGCCACAUACACACCGUACAGUACAAGCUCCCUAGAAUAUAACGUCCCUGUCCCUUUAAAACUCCAGACAAAAAGCCCCAUAUGAUCCCUGAGCUCCAAUCAUCAUUCCCUUCUGCAAAAGCAGUCUCUGCAUUUUUGUCUUUUCCUAAAUGCUAACAUGGCGAAAAAAAGACUGAUGUCAAGAAAAACAGAGGCAGAAGAAAUGUGAAAACAGGAAAACCAAACAUUUUCAUGGAGAACAAAAGUCAGAAGCAAAGGGAGGAGAAUCCGGACUCCUUUGCACCAGAAAACCUGCAUCAAAAUGUCUCUUGACACAGGGGUUGUACUGACCAGACUGGAGAAUUCCAAACGUAAUACCGAUCCACAAAAAGGGAGACAAAACCAAACCAGCUGAUAGCAGAAAAGACGACUGAAUUCCCUUCCACUGAGUUCUCUCUAGUGGAGGAUGUUGCCCUCCACUUCACUUGUUUGAUGGACAGACUCAAUGAGCAGCGCCUGUUUCAGCCAGAUCUUUGUGAUGUAGACAUCGUAUUGGUUCAGCAGAAGAACACAUUUCCUGCGCACAAGGGGGUCCUCGCGGCCUACAGCCAGUUCUUUCACUCGCUCUUCACCCAGAACAAGCAGCUCCAGAGGGUGGAGCUCUCCCUGGAGGCUCUGACCUCUCAAGGCCUUCAGCAGAUCCUCAACUUCAUCUACACCUCGAAGCUGCUGGUGAAUGCCUGCAACAUACAGGAUGUGUUGAACGCGGCCGCUGUCUUUCAGAUGAGUGACAUUGCAACUUCCUGUCAGGAGCUCAUCAACAGCCACUCUUUGACCUUGACCAUCACGGGGGACAUGUCCAAGCAGGACGGUCAGGGCAACCCGCUUCCCUCGCAGUUCUACCGAGAGAUCAAGCAAGAGGUGGAUCCUCCCCACACCAAAAUCUACGCCAGAGAGGGCAACAAUCCCUACUCUGUCCGCGUUGAGGACAACGCAGGACCGAAGCACCAGCACAGGGAGUAUUUUAAGGAGGAGGAAGGUCGCGGGCGGGGGUCGUGCAAGAUCGAGGGAGACGCAGAAGAAUCCGAAGACUCGGACAGUCAUGGCUCUUUCAAUCGGGAGCAGAUCAUUGUGGAGGUCAACCUUAAUAACCAAACCCUGAAUGUUUCCAAAGGGACAGAAAGCAAAGCUUCAUCCACCGAGGCCAUCGCCUUGCUGGGACGGUGCCGUGGUGAAGAGCAGAACACUGAGGAGGAAGAGGAGGAUGACGAGGAAGAUAAUGAUGAUGAUGAUGAAGAUGCAGAUGUUGGCGAAGAGGAUGAAGAUCAGACUGAAGAAGACGACCUGGUGGACUCCAGUGAAGUUGAGGAUGAUGAUGAGGAAGAAGAUAAUAAUGACAUUCCGGAAGUCAAGAAGGAGAAAGUGGAGAGGCCGCGGAGGAGGACCAGAGUUUCUGGAGAUGCCAAGGCCACGGUGUCCACACAGCAAGUUGAGAGCAGCGCUGAGGCAGAUGGGAACCACAGAGGGAGGAAGAGGAAAAAGGACCAGGAAGGCUUGGGCCAGAAGGUGAAACUGGAAGACAAAGAGCAUUUCCCUUGUAAGAAGUGCCCGCGGGUCUUCAACAACCGCUGGUACCUAGAGAAGCACAUGAACGUGACACACAGCAGGAUGCAGAUCUGUGAACGGUGCGGCAAAAGGUUUCUACUGGAGAGCGAGCUGCUGCUGCACCACCAGACGGACUGCGAGAAAAACAUCCAGUGUGUAACCUGUGGGAAGGCGUUUAAGAAGCUCUGGUCUCUCCAUGAACACAAUAAAAUUGUCCACGGCUAUGCAGAAAAGAAAUUCUCAUGUGAGAUCUGUGAAAAGAAAUUCUACACAAUGGCUCAUGUCAGAAAACACAUGGUUGCUCACACGAAGGACAUGCCAUUUACCUGUGAGACCUGCGGGAAAUCCUUCAAGCGCAGCAUGUCUUUGAAAGUGCACUCGCUGCAGCACUCGGGAGAGAAGCCCUUCAAAUGUGAGAACUGCAGUGAGCGCUUCCAGUACAAGUACCAGCUGCGCUCCCACAUGAGCAUCCACAUCGGACACAAGCAGUUCAUGUGCCAGUGGUGCGGGAAGGACUUCAACAUGAAGCAAUACUUCGACGAGCACAUGAAGACACACACUGGAGAGAAGCCUUUCAUCUGUGAGAUCUGUGGGAAGAGCUUCACCAGCCGUCCCAACAUGAAGCGUCACCGGCGCACGCACACGGGGGAGAAGCCAUACCCCUGCGACGUGUGCGGACAGCGCUUCCGCUUCUCCAACAUGCUCAAGACACACAAGGAGAAGUGCUUCCGGGUCAGCAACCCCAUGGGCCUCGCCAAUCAGGGAGCAGCAGCAGCAGCAGCAGUGGCCACACCCCUGUCCCUCCCCCUGCUUCCCUCCAUGGCAACCAUUACCCCGUCCUCUCACCUACCCCCCCUGCCACCGCUGUUCCCAGCCGGGAGGGUAAACAGCAACUGAGCAGAGAAACACACACAUACACACACUCAUUGUAAACAGCAACUGAGCAGAGAAGCACACACACACACACUCACACACUCUCAUUGUGAACAGCAACUGAGAAGAGAAGCACACACACACACACACACACACACUCUCACACACUCUCAUUGUGAACAGCAACUGAGAAGAGAAGCACACACACACACACUCACACACUCACACACUCUCAUUGUGAACAGCAACUGAAAAGAGAAGCAGACACACACACACACACACACACACACUCACACACUCUCAUUGUGAACAGCAACUGAGAAGAGAAGCGCGCACACACACACACACACUCAUUGUGAACAGCAACUGAGCAGAGAAGCGCACACACACACACACACACUCUCAUUGUGAACAGCAACUCAUCAGAGAAGCGCACACACACACACACUCAUUGUAAACAGCAACUGAGCAGAGAAACACACACACACACUCUCUCAUUGUAAACGGCAACUGAACAGAGAAACACACACACACACACACACACACACACACACACACACACACACACACACACACAUGUACGUACGUGUCAAGGUCACAAUCUUGGUAAGGCUAACCUCCAUUUUGUAAGCGUGGAACCCAUUCCAGCUGAGAAGGAGCUGUUCAGCAGUAAAGGGAUGCCGAUCUCAGGAUCGGUAACCACUUCCACUUCUUUUAUUCUUUUAGUUUUUAAUUUUUUUGAAUGUCUCAAGUUGUCAAGUUCAGUUAAAGAAAUGCAGAGACAGUGUUAAAGCAGAGACAGUGUUAUUUUGGACAUUGUAUUUUACUGUGGGAGUUACACAGUCUAUGCUCUGUAUGCUUCCACACAAGCCCAUACAGCACAUAAAGCUUGUUUAAUGGAGAAUUGCACGAUUUCACCGUCACGGAGUCCUUCAUAAUUCCGCCUGGCUGCUCCAUUCUCAUUGUAAGAAGCUACGGAACAACUUUUUUUUUUGUGGGGGGCAUUUCACAAACUCUUUUCCAGUAACCCCCGAUUUCCAAGUUAUAAUUUCUGAGAGAAAUCGAUGUAACCCUAACCGUUCCCAGUGGGAAUUUCUAUGAUGCCGCGUCAAGAAAUGUGGGUCAGAUGAUUAUUAUUUUGUUGUUGCUGCUGCCCCUCACCCCCUAGUUUUAAAGAUCGUUUGUAAUUGGAUCUCAGUUUUCAGCAGCUGUGAUUUCUCUUCCCUGAACGCCUGUGUGUGUGUAUAGAAACUAUACUAGCCUGAGGAAGUACUGGGUCUUCAGUCCCUUUAUAGAAGGCAAUCUCAAAAAGGACUUCAGAGGAAGGGGGCAGAUUUUCAGCAGCAAGCAGAAGAAGUGAUAUUUCUGACUGUUCCAUGAACACUUUACAAUGUGGAGUACAACAAAAUAAGAAACAGGAUCACUUUACAAUGUGGAGUAGAAUCAAAUAAGAGAAAGGCUGUAGACUAAGGACUCCAACAAACGUGGAGCUCGGUUUAACUUCAAAAUCAAUGUAACUUCAAAAGUUAUGCAAUGGCAUAACUGUAUUGCUGUGUAGAAGAGUAUACUGGACUGUAUACUGUGGCUGAGGAGCAGUGCAGCAGCCACAAUAGGAAGCUCUGUGUUUUCUUGUUUUAGUCAUCAAUCACUUUAAAGACAUGUGCAGUAGGAGAAGUUGAGAACUCAAUUGUAAUGCUCCCACGAUAACCAAAUGCUACUCUGUGUCUAGGGCAAGCUUAUAUUGCAUUGCAAUAACCAAAUGCUGUGAUCUCAUUAUAUUGCAUUCAUCCAUCAUUUCUAGUGAUGCUGAUGGAGUGCUGUUUAGAAUCCCUGGCAGCAUUUCUGUAAAACAUGAAGUGAAGACUUGGAAAGCUGUGCAGUACACAGUGCAAUGUGGGGACUACGAAAGCUGUGCAGUACACAGUGCAAUGUGGGGACUACGAAAGCUGUGCAGUACACAGUGCAGUGAGAGGACUGAGAAAGCUGUGCAAUACACAGUGCAAUGUGAGAAAAUGUGUCGCUCUCUCUAUAUCAUGUAAUGGUAUUUUAAGCUUGGAAAAUGUUGCAGUCUUAAAAGUGACUCUAAAAAGCAAAAGGUUUGAUUUGCUGAGGGAUGGCGGAUGACAGACUGUUUUGUACUGCCUAACCUGAAUCGUGUUGCUUAUGUUAAGCAGUUUGUUUUUAUAGUUCUGUUUGUGGAGUAACUUGGCACUUGUUUUUCUUGUUUCCUUUGACCCCUCCUCGCACCUCCUUUUUAGAGGCCACAGCUAGUAUAGCUAUCGCUUCACUUUUACAAUACAACGCAUGUACUGUGAUACAGACGCUGUACUGGUGUAUAAAAACAGUUGGCAAUGAGCACAUGUAAUUGAUUCAUACUGUAAGGGUAACUGUCGGAAGCUAAGCACAGUUCUGCUUGCAGUUCCCAUUUGAACCCAUCAGUUGUCAUUGUCCUUUAAGGACAGGCUACUUUGUCAUUUUUGGAGCAUUUUUUAACCUGUUGCCGUAUUCCUUGAAUUUGAGAUGGAGUCCAAAUUUCCCACCCUCAAUUUGAGGAAAAAAUAAAACAUCAAAUAAAUCUGUAUUUACAAAGAUACAACCUCAGUUACGCAUAUGGAGGCAGUUUGCAGCCGUCUGCUAUCACACGGCAUUACAGAUAUGUGCUGCUUCUCAUUUCCAGCCGUCAUUACUCACUCCUGUUUUUCUCCCAGUUUGUGAACUGUGGUAUUGCUUGGCAUGUCAAAAAAUACGGGGCUCUGAUCACAUUUUUAUCUGUCCAAGCUGGUACUGUUUGUUAGAAAGGCUGAAAUUGUGCUGAGCUUCAUAGCUGGUGUGAAAUUUCACUGAUUACAGGCACGUCUAACUUGACUGCCCUCAAAAUAGAACACAGCUGUUUGUAGCGAAAAAGGAAGGACUUGAAUUUUUUUUCUGUGAAGGAAUAUUGAUUUAGAAUGUAACACAUUUCAUAAAUACAGCUUGUAUUCUGAAUGUGGUACUUCAUGUGUUAAACUGAAUCACAGUGUGAGCCUCUAAUACUAGCAGGGUUAAACUAAACAAACUGAGAUUCAUAACAUUUUUUAAAUGUAUUACUGAUUGGGUAUGGUGGAGACCACUGGCCAUGUCUAUUCCUUUCCCCAGGAUUCUUACUGCACUACAAGGCUAGAGAGAGCUGGUGUUAUUUGCAAUAUUGCACAGUACAAGGCUAAAGCUAGAGAGAGCUGGUGUUAUUUGAAAUACUACACAGUACAAGGCUAGAGAGAGGUAGUGUUAUUUGCAAUAUUGCGCAGUACAAGGCUCAAGAGAGCUGGUGUUAUUUGCAAUAUUGCACAGUACAAGGCUAGAGAGAGCUGGUGUUAUUUGCAAUAUUGCACAGUACAUAGCAAUUGUGCAAGACACUAUUUUAUAAACAAUACCUGUCUCCACAAGAGAAAUAGUCAAGAAAAAAGAAAGCAAGUCACUGCUUGUCUGCACAGUGGCACAGUAUGUACUGUACGGUACUGUAGAUGCCUGUGGUACUGAAAGGCAAAUACACUAAAUAACACACUGCCCAGUGCUGCUUCCAUUUGCUGGGAGAAUAACUGACAAUAAGCAUUACAAAAAAAAGGGCCUUUCUGCUAGUUUAACUGUUAUCAUUUUUUAUCAGUGUAUUACCUUUUGAUUUCUGACUGUAGGUCAUUAACAUAUUUUUUUAUGCAUUUUGCAUGAUUAUUAAGUUACGGAAACUUUAAAACAAAAAAGACAUCUAUCGGGACAAAACCCAACCCACUCCGAUGAUGACGUGUGUGGCAUGCGUUGAACCCUGUCGCUUGCAGUAACAGAUCCUGGGUAUUGGUUGCUGUCUCACUGGGGGAGGCGCACUUUAUCUAGUAGAGCAGCUUUGUCCCCUGGAUUCUGUGGCUGGAGUCCAGAUACUGGCAGGAAGGGAUCCAAAAUAUUACAGAAAACUCUGAUUUCAUGCUGACUCUUAGGGCAUGUCGCUACCCUGGGUGGUGCUAGCUAUUGGCCAUUUCUCCUUCUAAAUAUCAUAUUGUAGCUGCGCCUAUCUAAUUAUAAUGUUUCUAAUCACACAGAAGAACAUGAAACGGGAUGUUUAGAAGGCAUAAGGGGUUCUAAUCACAGAAGCACAUGAAACAGGAUGUUUAGAAGGCAUAAGGGAUUCUAAUCACACAGAAGCACAUGAAACGGGAUGUUUAGAAGGCAUAAGGGAUUCUAAUCACACAGAAGCACAUGAAACAGGAUGUUUAGAAGGCAUAAGGGAUUCUAAUCACACAGAAGAACAUGAAACAGGAUGUUUAGAAGGCAUAAGGGAUUCUAAUCACAGAAGCACAUGAAACGGGAUGUUUAGAAGGCAUAAGGGAUUCUAAUCACACAGAAGCACAUGAAACAGGAUGUUUAGAAGGCAUAAGGGAUUCUAAUCACAGAAGCACAUGAAACAGGAUGUUUAGAAGGCAUAAGGGAUUCUAAUCACACAGAAAGGCAUGAAGUAGGUAGUCUCAAGGUUUGAUUCUGGAGCCUCUUGGACAAUUGAAAUGCUAAAGAGAGCCUGUGUUAGUUUGCCGGCAGGUGGUAAUAAUAUAUAAUACCACGAGAGCUGCAACCAUGUACAGUGUAUGUUGUUGCCAUUCUGGUAAAUUAGGCAUCUGACGACAUGCCUUUAGGAAGGGGCUAGUGUCCAGUCUUCAGUCAUGUGGUCUAAACCCUGACAUCUUUAGCUGCAUGCCUGGCUUGACACACUGACUGAUACAUGUCCACAGACACCGACGGUAUGUCCAUGCAUAUAUUUAUAUAUGUUACAAAGAAACCAAGGCAAGCUCUGUUAUGGCCAGAACCAGUCACAUUGUUAAGUCAUCCCAGUUUUGCUGUUAUAUUAACUUUAUAUAUAUUUCUAUUGUCACAUGUUUAAAUGGCAAGAGCAGAUCUGUUUUUUUCUGUCUUUUUAUAUAUUUAACAUGUUUUGGUCAGAUGACAAUAGAAAGAAAGCAAUGAAUUGUUUAAUGUAUGUUUGUAAGUGUUCGGUGGCUACCUGUAGUCUAGUUGACAGUGUGUGAGAAAUACACUCUCAACUACCAAAUACUUAUAAACAUGCAAUAAAUACACCCGUGAAUGUGUGGGAUUAUUUACUUGUUUUAAUGGCUUCAUAGUUACUACGCCGUCCGUGGAAAGCUGGCAACACUAAUGUGUGUGCGUGUGUGUGUGUAUCAUAUAUAUAUAUAUAUAUAUAUAUAUAUAUAUAUAUAUAUAUAUAUAUAUAUAUAUAUAGGCUGCUUCUCGAGGCCUGUCCACACUCCUGUCAUUCUUCUCCUGGCAGGUUCUCUUUGUUUGUUGCUGACCAGCUUUGUAGAGACCAGGGAGAAGAGCUUCAUUGAAUCCAAUAUUUCACUUUGUAGAGACAGAGAGAGAAGGAGUUCAUUGAAUCCAAUAUUUCACUCAUUAAAAGCAGAGGAGUAGAACUGCACUAUAGAUAUGUCCACCGUGUGGCGCUGCAGUAUAUUGUUAUAUUUUCAAAUGGCUUGAGAACGGGGGUCUUUGUAUAGCGGUGCUGCGAGAGCUGUGGGGAGAAGAACGAGCAGAGAUGUGGUCUUGUUUGUCUUGCUCACUAAUAGCAUGUCUGUGCCUGAGCCUGUAAAAAUAGUCACAUGGAUUUAUUAUUAUUAUUAUUAUUAUUAUUAUUAUUAUUAUUCAUUAUUAUUAUUAUUAUUCUGUAUUAUUAUUAUUCUAUGUUAUUGUUGGAGUUUCUAGAGUAAUAUUCUUUGGUUUUGGUCUGUUUUUUUAAAGGAAGUUUGUUAUUUGGGUUUUUAUGCUGCUAGUAGGGGGUUGUCAGUCUCCCCAGAUGACUGAUUUUCUGUGGCCUUUGUACCCAAAACCAAAAGGAAAUUAGGAUUCAGAACCCAGCCUGAGAAAUUGGGUUGUUUUUGGACAUUGCUGUGUUUUAUGCCCCUGAAUUGUGAAACACCAGAAUGUAAGUGAAUUGUGAAUUGCAGUAAUACAACGCUGUGGUUUAGGGUAGCUGUAGACGUUAUGCACUACAGUGCGAGGGUUGUGAAUUGCAGUAAUACAACGCUGUGGUUUAGGGUAGCUGUAGACAUUAUGCACUACAGUGCGAGGGU